AUGUCUGAUUUAGGAAGAAAGAACUUUUCCGACAAAGUCGAGGAGAAAUUGACCCCAGAAAGCCAAAAGUCCACUUUGGACAAGGGCAAGGAAGCUGUUACUGACACCGUCGACAAGGCUGGCCGUAAGAUCACCCCCGAGGAGGACAAGUCGUUCGGCCAGAAGGUUGCAGACAACUUUGCACAAGGAAAAGAAGAUGCCAAGAGCCAAGCUGAGAAAGACCUGAAGGCUUUGGAAGGUGAGGGUCAAACAUUGGCCGAAACCGCUCAAGAGUACUACGAUACUGCCAAGGACAAGCUCUCCGAAGCCGCAGACUAUGUCUCCAAGUCUGUCGGUGGUGCUGUUGAAGGUUCCAAGUCAGCCACCGAGGAUGCCGCUGGAAGUGCUAAGAAGUAA